UACUGUGAAAGUGUACGACUCGAAUGCCGCGCGGGUCGUCCCUGCGCGUCACGUUAGCGAGUGUGUUCAAAAUCCGCUGGCUACGUCUGCCUUCUGAAAGUACUGGUAACCAGAAUGUACUAAAAAAAAGUUUAAUCGAGAAGACAUCUUCCUCUUUUUUAUUUAAUCGAUUGUACGGGAACAUCUGUUAUAAGAUAAUUCCUUAAAUGGCGGAAGAAGUGUUAUUAACGGCCCCAGGGAAAAUUACGUCGCACCUGACCUCCUCCCUGCUGGCUGUGGCCUUCCUCACCUCCUUCGGCAGCUCCAUGCUCUACGGCUUCAACCUGGCGGUGGUCAAUUCUCCUGCAGGAUACAUUAAGGACUUCUAUAACCGCACCACGGUGAGCCGCAAUGGCACGGGCAUGAGCCAGGAGGCGCUCACGCUCCUGUACUCCCUCACAGUGUCCGUCUUCGCCAUCGGGGGGCUGGUGGGCUCCCUCAUGGUCGGCAUGCUGGUCACCAGAUUUGGGAGGAAGGGCACUGUGUUGAACUCCACGGUGCUCGUCUUCAUCGCUGGCUCGCUGAUGGGGUUCAGCCGGAUAUGCGACUCCCCAGAAAUGGUCAUCUUAGGCCGCUUUAUCACAGGAAUACACUCAGGGAUCGCGCUCAGUGUGGUGCCCAUGUACCUCGGAGAGAUCGCUCCCAAAAACCUGAGGGGGUUCCUGGGCCUCAUGCCCAGCAUCUUCAUCUGCGUCGGGGUGUUCACCGCCCAGAUUCUGGGGCUCCAUGAGUUACUGGGACAGGAGGAGUACUGGCCUUUAUUCCUGGCUCUGGUGGUGAUACCCACUUUCAUCCAGUUGAUGCUGUUGCCAUGGUUCCCAGAAAGCCCCCGGUACUUGCUGAUAGAGAAGCACAAUGUCCAUGCCACCAUAACAGCGCUCAAGUGGUACCGCGCCAAGUGCAACCUGCAGGCUGAGAUCGAGGAGAUGCAGGAGGAGCAGCGCUCGCUGUCCUCGGUGCGGACGGUGUCCGUGCGGCGCCUCCUGGUGGACUCCUCCGUGCGCUGGCAGGUCCUCUCCGUGGUGGUCAUCAACAUCGGCAUGCAGCUGUCCGGCAUCGAUGCGAUCUGGUUCUACACCAAUGACAUCUUUGAGAAAGCUGGAAUCCCCGCCCCUCAGAUCCAGUACACCACAGUCGGGACAGGAGCCAUCGAGGUGGUCGCAGGCCUCAUUGGGUGUUUCACCAUCGAACAUCUGGGCAGGAGGCCGCUGAUAAUCGGAGGCUUUGGGUUCAUGGGACUGUGCUGUGCCGGGAUCACGUUCUCUCUGGUCCUGCAGGAGCACGUCUCUGUCAUGCGCUACGUGAGCGUUGCCUGUGUGGUGGGGAUCAUUGCUGGGUUCUGUAUAGGGCCAGCGGGUGUCCCGUUCCUGAUCACUGCGGAGCUGUUUAAGCAGUCUCACCGUCCCGCUGCCUACACCGUGGGGGGGGCCCUCAACUGGAUGUCCAACUUCACUGUGGGCUUCGUGUUUCCCUUCCUGCAGAUGUCGGCCGGGGCCUACUGCUACCUCGUCUUCUCUGGGGUCUGUCUGGCCGUGGCCACCUAUGUGUUCCUCAUUAUCCCUGAGACUAAGAACAAGACCUUCAUGGAGAUCAGCCAGCUCUUUGCCUCCAAGGAGUCUGUGAUGGAGAGCCAGGGGCCCGGGAACUCUGACCAGCUCAAGCUCCGGAAGAUGAACGGCUAUGGAGCCCUGGAGAACGGAUCUGUGGAGUUCGACAGCUCUAUGUCCUGUCCCUGAGAGAGAGAGAGAGGGUGGGGGGGGGGUGGUGUGAGAGUGAGAGAGAGAGAGAUGGAAUGAGAGAGUGAGAGAUUUUCAGCAAAGCAAUGCGCACUGUUGCAAGUUUGUUUCUGUGUCUUUAUGUGAAUGUAGGGAGUGGCGCUGGGGAAGGAGGAAGCGUGAUGCUCUUACAGCUCACCUUUCUAUCAGCACUGCUUCAUGAGACAUCACACUUUGGCAAUUUACAUUUGACCAUAAAAGUGUACUUUACGCACGUUUAAAUAAAAGCUUUAAAAAGAUGUUCAGCACAAUGUUCAUGAAAGUAUCCUUUGCCAGGUAUUCCAAGCAAGCUAAAUACCUUUAGUUCUUUUAAGAUGUUUGUGGAAGGUGCCAGUGAACAACUGAUUAGUGAGGUUUGUUCAUACAAACAUUUUUCAAAUGCAAGUGUUAUUUACAGAAGCUUUUAAUUUGACAAGGUCACAGGAGAGCCACCGCAAACUCUGGGACCUGCUUCUACACACAUUUGUUUCUUUCGUAAUUAAUUUCUGUCAGGUAAUUAAUUUUUAUGGAAAUCUAGUGUACAUUUCAGAGUUUUUAGAUUUUCAAUCAAGCUGCUAUUAUUCCAUAGCUUCGCUUCAGCCCUCCAAACAUAUCUUGAGCAGUGUGUAUGUAAGUCCGAAAUUGAAAUUGAUUUUUGUACCGUACACGCAUACAUUCUAAUGGGUUCAGAACUGCAUAUUGCAUAUGGUGCUGCUUAUGUGAUCUUUCUGUUAACAGUACAGCAGAUGCUUUUCGGGUGCCUUGACGUUUACAAAGGUCACAGUAUCCCAGCUGCUUGCGUGACCUGUUUAUGAGUAGGUCUUUAGAUUGUUUUACAAUGUUGGAUUUUAACAAAACUUUUUGUACUCACAUUACAACAGUGGGAAUGAUUUCUCACAUGUGCCUUUGAACAUUUGAUUAAUAUUUUAUUCCAAUAUUGGAACGAUACUCUGGUGAGUCAUUUUGUUCUGUAUCGCUAAAAUGUGCAAAUAGAUGUUUAACCACCACCAGCAGUCUUAAGAGCUGUUAUGUGUGUGUCUUGUCCAGCCAUAUUCAUUUUAAGCUCAAUUUUUCUUUAUUUUUACAUGCCUGCAUAUACUUUCUGUUCUAUUAAAAUCUUCCAUUAAUAUUUAAUACCUUGUUGUGAGACUCGUGUGAUGAGAAUAUGUAGUCUACGAGAAGACCCUGCAUCCGAGUCUUCUGUGAUCUUUUCAGAGUGAAAGUGUUGUGCGUGUGACAGAGUUUGGUUUGGUCAGCCUUGGUAGGGAACAGUCUGUCAUUAUUACCAGGCGAUCCCAGGUUAGCGUCUGUGUCAGUCAUUGUUCCCUUCCUUUGAUUGGCUGAGCUUCAGUACCACUGCUGAAGUUAUCUGUAACCAUGACCGGAGGCUUUAGAUACCAGCCAAACAUGUUCAGGAUAUCAUGGAGUAAAAUGUGUUUUAUGCAAUCUUGUUUUUAAAAAAAAGAUUUAAAAAAAUAAAUGCCAUGUAUAUAUACAGCAUUUGUUAUACUUAUAUAUGCAAAUGCAUAUACCUACAUCUGUGCUGGAUAAUGUAUAUUUUAAAAUACUUUAUUAUGAGGCUAUUCAAAACUGUAAAUUACAAAUAAAAACUUUCUGAACACA